UUUAUCUGGGCUUUUUUUCUGAAAACUGCUUUAAUAUUCACCGUUAUUGCCGUUAGUCAGUCUUUGUGCCUUUUUAAAACUGAUCCAACGUCUCUAACGGUUUUAGUUCCCGCCGUUGAUCCAAACGGUCGCGAUGCCAGUCACGUGAUCAGGGAACCCGUUUGAAAAACGCGGAACUCGGAGAACCCAAAUGGAUUUCCCUUUAAAGUUCUGCUGCUGCUUGAUUAACACCGGUUCUGUCUCCACAGGUAUCCAUGUUCUGCCUAAGCAACAACUUUGGACCAGCGGACAGAACCGGCUGACUGAGCUGGGGGCGGGUUUAUGGAGACCGUUGACCAAUCAGACUGUGUUGAGCGCCACGAUCGAUUGAUUGUCGCGCAAGAGGAGGAGCGUGAGUGCAUCUCCGUCCACGUGGGCCAGGCCGGCGUCCAGAUCGGGAACGCCUGCUGGGAACUCUACUGCCUUGAACACGGGAUCCAGCCGGACGGCCAGAUGCCGAGCGACGUGACCAUCGGAGGAGGAGACGACUCGUUCAACACCUUCUUCAGUGAGACCGAGGCGGGGAAGCACGUCCCCAGAGCCGUCUUUGUGGACCUGGAGCCCACCAUCAUCGAUGAAGUGCGCAGAGGCACGUACCGGCAGCUGUUCCACCCCGAGCAGCUGAUCACCGGGAAGGAGGACGCCGCUUACAACUACGCCCGGGGACACUACACCAUCGGGAAGGAGAUCAUUGACCCGGUUCUGCACAGGAUCCGCAAAAUGGCGGACCAGUGCACCGGGCUUCAGGGCUUCCUGCUCUUCCACAGCUUCGGUGGAGGAACCGGCUCCGGUUUCACCUCCCUGCUGAUGGAGCGCCUGUCCGUGGACUACGGCAAGAAGUCCAAGCUGGAGUUCGCCGUCUACCCGGCGCCACGGGUGUCUACGGCCGUGGUGGAGCCCUACAACGCCAUCCUCACCACCCACACCACCCUGGAGCACUCGGACUGCGCCUUCAUGGUGGACAACGAGGCCAUCUACGACAUCUGCCGCAGGAACCUGGACAUCGGCCGUCCCACCUACACCAACCUGAACAGGCUGAUCAGCCAGAUCGUGUCCUCCAUCACCGCGUCUCUGCGCUUCGACGGCGCUCUGAACGUGGACCUGACUGAGUUCCAGACCAACCUGGUGCCGUACCCCCGGAUCCACUUCCCCCUGGCCACCUACGCCCCGGUCAUCUCCGCCGAGAAGGCGUACCACGAGCAGCUGACUGUGGCCGAGAUCACCAACGCCUGCUUCGAUCCGGCCAACCAGAUGGUGAAGUGCGACCCUCGCCACGGCAAGUACAUGGCGUGCUGCCUGCUGUACCGUGGCGACGUGGUGCCCAAAGACGUCAACGCCGCCAUCGCCGCCAUCAAGACCAAGCGCAGCAUCCAGUUCGUGGACUGGUGUCCCACCGGCUUCAAGGUAGGCAUCAACUACCAGCCUCCCACGGUGGUUCCUGGAGGAGAUCUGGCCAAGGUGCAGAGGGCCGUGUGCAUGCUCAGCAACACCACGGCCAUCGCCGAGGCCUGGGCCCGGCUCAACCAGGGAUAGAGUUUGCACAUAUAAGGUUUUUAAUUACUUUGUUGUUGAUUUUUCUGUCUAGAAAAGUCAUUUGAUCCAAAUCUUUCUCGUCUCUAAGUAGGGUGAUGAUCCCAUGGGGUAUGGCUCUGGUUACAACGUCAAAUUCUUUUCUUGGAGGAUGGAAGUGAAAUUUAUGAGUGAAUUCGUCAUAUGUUAAAAUUUGUUUUGAGUUAUUUAACAGUUGGGCUACCAGAACAAUAUCAUGUUUAAACCAGUUUUCUAUAAAGAGAGUCUUGUUUCUAUGUAUGAUGUGCAUAUUGUUCCAGAUAAAACAUUUAUGAGGGGAGAAAUUGUGUUUGUAUAAAAGCGACCAGCAAGUUAGAGCCUGUUUAUGGAAGUUUGACAGUUUGAUUGGCAGUCUGUUGAUGGAGUACGGGCACUGAAGUAAGAAUGUGAUUUUGCCGAGUUUUUCAAAGAUGAAGUUUGGAACAAUGUUCCACAGACUGUUUGGAUUUUUCAGGAAUCUUUUAAACCAGUUAAUUUUUAAUAUCUCAUUAAAAAGAGAGAAGUUGAUUACCGAUAAACCCCCUUCCUCAAUUUUAUUAGUCAAGAUGUUUUUUCUGAUUUUAUGGGGCUUCUUCCUCCAUAUAAAGUUAUAUAAUAGCUUGUCUAGAUUCUGUAAAACAAACAAUAUUAGGACAAUAUUAGGAUUUUUAUACAGAUUAAAGAGAUAAUUGAAGAGUCUCAGUAUCCUGCCUAGUUGUGAAUGAUAAACACAAAUUAUGCAAUAAGCAAAAAUCAUUAAGAGUUCAUAGGUUCAGAAACACACCAGAGUAACUCAGAAGAAAUUAAGUCCUUUUUUAAUGCAGUAGUCGAAGUUUCUAGACAUAAUAUCUGCAGAAAAAUACCCAACAAUGCUCCGCAGUGCUGAAAGAAUGGAGCUGGGGUUCAGCAUGAAGAGCGCUGUUAAUGAUGGCAAAGAAAAACUGGU